AUGAAGAGAACUUUAUUAAUUAUUGCUUUAAUAAGCAUAGCAACAUGCCAAGUUGUAAAUAAAAGUGAAGCUUGUACUUGUACAUAACUUUUGACACUUGCUGAUUGUGGAAGAAACCCAGGCUGUUCAUGGAAUACAACCAAAUUAGCUUGUGAAGUUCCUUAAAGUACAGGACCUGUGACUGUGACCAAGAAUUAUGGAAAAUCACUCUAUUGUGAAGGAUAAGCACAAACAGAUUGUCUUAAAUUAAAUGAAUGUGCUUGGAUAGAUAAUAAAUGUACAUUUUUCACAAGUUGCACCCCUUAUGAGAAAGCCAACAAAGAUGAAUGUUAAGAAAUAUCAAAAAGAUGUAUAACAGAUGGAUAAAUUUGUGUUGAAAUAGACUUAUGUUCUACAUACUUAACAUCAACAUCUUGUUAUUAAAGUAAGACAACAUACUGUGUUUGGGAUGAACCUACUAAAAAAUGCUCUGAUGUGACUGAAUGUGGUUAAUUACCAAUAGCUCUUACUAAAGAUUCAGAAUGUAGAUUGUACUUAAAGAAAGAAUGCACAGCUAAACCUGGAGGAGGAUGUGUAGAAUCAGGAACUAAUUGUGAAGAUCAAACUUCUAUAGAAGGAUGUGUGACAAAUAAGGCUAGAUCAGUUACAUGUUAUUGGAAUGAUUUGGAUAACAAAUGUACUGAGAAGAAAUGUGAGUUUGCUAAAAAAAGUAUUAACACUCAUGCUGAUUGUUAAAUAUUCUCUGAAAAAUGUACAGCUAAUGAAGGCGGAGGUUGUGUUGAUCUUAAGACAUGUGCAGAUGGUAAAAUAAGUGAAGGAUGUAAAAUUGAUAGUGCAGGAAAGGAUUGUUAUUGGUCCACUACAGAGAAAAAAUGCAAAGAUAAAGUUUGUGUAAAUGCACCAAAUACAUUGACAACAAAUUCUGAUUGUCAAAAACAAUUUUUGGCAAAAUGCAUAACAAAUGGUGCUGGAUGUGUUGACGAUACAAGUUGUUCAAGUUCUACUGUUCCAGAAUAAUGUGCUGUUAAUAGAUUCAAUAAUAGAUAGUGUACAUGGAAUGUUACUUGUAAAGACAAAACAUGUGAAAAUGCAGGACCUGAAAAUGUUGGUCAUGAUUAAUGUUCAACUUACUCAAAACUUUGUACUGGUAAAGCUAAUAAUGCUACUGGAUGCUAAAAUAGAACUUGUGAAAAUGCUCCCACUACCAUUUCUACAAAUCCUGGAUGUGAAGAAUAUCUUCCAGGUAAGAAUUGUAUCACAAAAAAAGAUGGUGGAUGUGUAACCAAUAAAAAUUGUUCAGAUAUAUUAAUCAGAGAUGCCUGUGUCAAAGAUAUUAAUAAAAAAGACUGUUAUUGGGAUAGUGUAGCAGGUAAUUGUUUAGAUAAGACUUGUGCAACUUUACCUACUAGACUUAAUAGUCAUUCAGCUUGUAAUGGAGAAAUUACUACCUGUACUGUUAGCUCAUCUGGAACUUGUGUUGAUUUAAUAUGUGAAAAUGUAGUUGAUAAAGACAAUUGUGUUAAAGACAAGGACGGAGCUGAUUGCAUUUACUAUGGAUCUUGUUUCUAAAAACAAUGUUCUGCUGCAUCUCAAUCACUAAUAACUCAUGCAGAAUGCUAAGAUUACCUAGAGACAUGUACUUUGGCAAAUACAAAGAAAGGCUGUAUGGAUAUUCCAUUAACAUGUUCAGCAUUAAUUAAGGAGAAUUGUGAAUUGAAAGCUAAUGGCGAGAAAUGUGGUUGGACUGGAUCUGCUUGUGUUGAUAUCGUUUGUACUACUGCCCCAACUAAGACUGAUGAUGAUUAUACUGUAGAAUUAUGUGAAAACUAUAAACCAAAUUCUAAUUGUGUACCAAAUUAAAGCAAAAAAGGAUGCAUGGAAUUAGUUGCUAAAUGUGAGUCACGUACCAUAAUAGAAUAAUGUAAUGUGGCAGGUACAGCAACUAAUGGAGGUAAAACAUGUUUAUGGGAUACAAUUAAUAACAAAUGUUAUGAAAAAACAUGUGCUAAUGCAACUAAAGAAGGGUAUGCUAAUAGUGUAAAAGUAACAUCUGAUGAAGUAACUCAUAAUGAUUGUAAAGCAUGGUUGGAAGAUAAGGACAAAAAUCCUCUAUGUGUUGUUGGAACAGCAAAUAAUGUUUGUGCUCCUUUACCAAUAAAUUGCAGUGGUUUAGGCAAGAAUUCCUGUGUUGUUGCUAAUGUUUUGAAAGUUCCUAAUUCAAGUCCUGUAGAAUACUUAAAUUGCUUUUGGAAUGUUACAACUUCAAAAUGUGUAGAUGGAAAUGUAUGUGCAAAUAUAGAUAAGACUAGUCAUGAUGAUUGCACAAGUGCAUCCAAAAAGAAAUGUACAGUUAGUGCUGAUGGAUCCAAAUGUGUCGAUAGAUAAGCAUGCAGUGUAUAUAAAUAAGAUAUUUAAUGUAAAAAAGAUAAAAAUGAUUCUCCAUGUUCAUGGACUGAGGCAACCAAAAAGUGUAGUGAUACUUUAUGUUUGAAUACAGCUGAAGAUUCAAAAAGUUUUAUAACCCAUGACGAAUGUACAACGAAAUCAAAUUAAUGCACUCUUACUAAUUUACCAUGUGGACUAAAAAAAGCUAGUUGUGCUGAUUAUGGAAAUGAAAAAGCAUGUUUAGGUGGACUGCUUGGAGAUAAAAAAUAAUGUGCAUGGAAUUCUGGCACUUGUGAGGAUGUAAUUGAUGCCAAUUUUGUUUGUGCAAAUGUUAAAGGGGCCAAUCUAACAGGAAAGUAUUGUAACUCUUUAAAUGUUAAAUGUUCAGUUAAUGCAGCCAGAACUGCAUGCAUUGAUGCAUAAGAUACCUGUGGUACUUAUACUGACCCUUCUUCUUGUAAAUGGUCAAAAAAAGAAUUAGAUUGCUUCUAUACUGGUGGUGCUUGCAAGGCUGUUUCUACAUUAAAAUGUAGUGAACUUAGUGGAUUAACUGAUGCAGAAUGUAGAACUUUAAAGAGUAGUUGCAUAUUUGGAGCAUCUGGUAAAUGCAAACCUAACUGUGCAAGUCUUCCAGAUCCAUAGACUUACGAUUCAUGCUAAAAUUUUGAUUCAGAAUGUUCAGUUCAAAAUGAUGGAAAAACAUGUUAUUAUAUUGAUAAAAAUUGUUCUUUGUUAACCACGAAUACAUGUACAAAAGGAAAGGACGGAUUUUGCUAAAGGGGUGUAUCAAACUGUGCUUUGAAAUCUAUCUCAAAUGUGGCUAAUUGUGGUGAUGUUGCUGCUACAUCAUAAGGUGCAGCUAAAAUAACUGCAACAUAUUGUAAAUAAAUUAGUUCAAACGUAUGUACAGCAAAACCUGAUUAAUCAGCAUGUGCUGCCAUUGCUGAUGCAUGUACAGAUUAUUCAACAGACAAUAACAAUCUUGACUUGUGCUAUUUAUCAAAGGCAGGAUAUUGUUAUCUAGAUACUACUUGUAAAGCAUAUGUAGCUGGAACUACUACUUGCGCAGAAAUUAUUUUAGGAGGAGCAAGUGCGCCUACUUUAAAUCAUAAUAUUUGUUAAGAGUUUAGCAAGGCCUGUACUGUUGAUGGAACAAAAUGCAAAGAUUACACAGCAGAUCCUCCAGCCUGUGGUGAUUUUAAAGGAACCUUCAAUUUCUUCAAUUGUUUCCAUUUCUUGAAUACUUGUACUGUUAAUUCUGCUGGAACUGCAUGCAUUACUUCCUAAGCAACAUGUGACUUAUAUGAGGCAAGCGAAGAUUGUGGAUAUGCUACUACUGAUGGACCAUGUGUUUGGGAUUCUACUGUUAGCCCAGGAGUAUGCAAACCAAAAUCUUGUGAUGCUAUAACUACAACUGACGUUGCAGUUCCAUCUAUAGAUACAUGCUCAGCUAAAUAAUAAAGUUGUACUGUUAGAACUGGAGGAUGUAUGAAGAGAGUUGCAUGCACAAUUUAUACAACUAAAGAUUAAUGUGUAGAGAAUUUAUCAGGAGGUAAAUGCAUUUGGAACACUAACACUAAUCCAGGUAAAUGUUUUGAUAAAACUUGUACUAAUGCUGAUUCAACUUAUAAUGAUCACGGAAAAUGUUAAGGUGUUGGUAAUUGUACAGUUAAAGUAAGCGAAGAUUUAACAACAUUGGCAGGAUGUAUUAAUUUGGGUGCUUGCUCAGAUUAUAAAGUAGCUGAUCAGUGUAAAAUAAAUGCUUCAAAGAAAGACUGUGAAUGGAGUUUAGCAGAAACACCUAAUAAAUGUGUUGAUAAGACUUGCACAUCUGCUGAUCCUGCUACAAACACUGAUUAUGAAAAAUGCUCAGCUUAUAUCACAGAUGGUAAUUGUACAUUGGCAGCUAAGAAAAAUGAAGAUGGAACAUAUACUGAAGGUGGAUGUAUGCCACUUGCACUUUGUACAGAAUACAAUACAGCUAAUUAAUGUAAAAAGAGUAAGAAUAAGGAUAAUGAUGGUAACUUAUUAAAUUGCUAUUGGAAUGAUACAACCAAGAAAUGUGGAGAUGCAAGUUGUUUAAACGCUGAUGAUACAUAUACCACUCAUGAUGCUUGUGUUACAUAUGGAACUACUGCCGGUCUUAAAUGUACAGUCGAUUUGGAUGAUAAAGGAUGUGUUACUGUUCCAGAAACCUGUGAGGGAAUGAGUAAAGGAUAAUGUGUUGAUGUUGACGCAAAAUCAAAUAAAUGUAUUUGGUUGGAAGUUUCUGGUACUGGAUCAUGUGCUACUAGAACUUGUGAGAAUGCAGUAAGCCCUGCAACUGCUGCUGAUUGUUCAAAUCACCUCUUCUAUUGCACAAUGAUUGAUACUGGAAAUAAGUGCAAGACUAAGACAUGUGAAGAUUACAACUUUACUGAGGAUGCAGCUUGUGCUGCUCUCUUUAAUAACUCAAGAAAAUGCACUACAAAUGGAAAAUUCUGUGUUAACAGAGGAACAUGCGCAUAGGCUUUAAGUCAAAAGGGAUGCGUUACAGAUUCAAGUCUUAAUGCAUGUGAAUGGAUUGUUCCUACUGAUACCACUAAACCAGCUUAUUGUGUUACUAAAACAUGCAAUACAGCACCUAAAGAUUACGCUACUGAAAGUUAAUGCUUACAAUACUUCACACCAAAAACAGGAUCCACAUGCAAUACUCAAUAAGGUGGUGGUUGUGUUUAAAGAAGUACUUGUUCAGCAGCUAAAGUUUAGGCUGCUUGUAAUACAGAUGCAAAUGGAUUUAUCUGUGCUUGGGAUGCAGACACAUCCACUUGUAGAAACUAAGAAUGUAAAGAUAUAACUGGUACAACCCAUGCUGCUUGUUAGAAUCCAACUGAUAAGAACUUUAAAGGUAAAUGUACUGCUGGUAAAGGUGGUAAAUGUGCCGUCAUUCAAAAAUGUGUUUUGACCACUGUUGAAGCUGCUUGUGUUUAAGGAACUGAUGGACCAUGCAUAUGGAUACCUGAUUAUUCUAAUAAUGAUGGUACUAAAGGAGCAUGUUUCCUUUAUGAUUCAUGUAGAAGUCUUGAUUGGGGUAAAGAUUCACAAUGUAAAUGGAUUUCAGAUAAAUGCACCACAAAUGGAAAAUAAUGUAUUGGUAUUACAUCAUGUGCCAAAACUAAUGUUGAUGGAGGAUGUGUGACAGGUACAGAUGGAGAAUGCAUUACAACUGUUUAAGCCUUAGGAUCUCCCAAUAAAGUUUGUACUAAAUAUGCUAGUUGUAAUUCAGCCUUAUUUACAACUCAUAAUGAAUGCUAGGAUGCCAAUCCUAAAUGCACUACCAAUGGAACAUCAUCAUGUAUUGAAUUAGCUGCAUGCUCAACAUAUGUAAGAGAAGCUUGUAAAAAAAAUAAAGAUGGUGUAUAAAGAAAUUCAAAUGGAUAAAUCACCUCAACAGGUAUAUGUAGUUGGGAUGAAACUACUAACGCAUGUAGAGAUGAAAAUUGUUCUGAUCUUAAACUAAAUACUACAACCCAUUCAGGAUGCUCAGCUCAAUUAAUUACAUGCACAACUGAUGGUACAAAUUGUAUUACCAAGGAUUCAUGUGUUAAGUACACAACAAACAGUGCCUGCAUUAAUUCAGUUGGAACUGAAGGUUUAUGUUAAUGGGUAGAAGGUACAGGUGGAGCAGCUGGAACUUGUAGAGUUAAGACAUGUGAUGACAUUACUGCUGGUACUACUAUAGCUGCUUGUAGUAUUAUUAGUACAUGUACUACUGAUGGAAUCAAGUGUAUUACUAAAGGCACAUGUGAUAAAUAUACAACCAAGACUGGAUGCAAUUCCAGAGGAACUGAUGGAAUUUGUGUUUGGACUGAAACUACAACUGGAACUACAACUACAGGAAAAUGCUCAUUGAUGACAAAUUGCGCAGCUGGAUCUAAAGAUUAAAAUGCUUGUCAAUAAGCAUCCAAUAGAUGUAAAUGGACUUCUGCUACAGCAACUGCUGCUAGUUCAUGUGUCGAUCAUACUUGUGAAUCUUAUAAUGCUGCAUCAGGAAGAUGCUCUUAUUUCCCUAAUUGGGAUUCCACCAAGUAUAAUAUUUGCCGUAAUGUUGCUGGUAAAUGUACAGCUGCAGAUCCUAAGACCUUACUUGAAACAGAAUGUUACACCUAAUCAGCUUACAUGUAUUCUUGGAACUCUAAGACUAAUGCAUGCUCUUAAUGUGGUACCACUAUUGUUACUCCAAACAAUUCUACAAAUGGCAAUAAUACAGAUAAUAAUGGUUCAACCACAACUGACUCAGGAUAUGUUCUUGGUGUAGCAGUUCUUUUAGGAUAUUUAAUGUAUUGAU